AUGUUCAGCUUUAGGAAAAAGGACAAAGAAAAGGACAAGGAAAAGAAGGAUAAAAAAGAAAAAGACAAAAAAGAAAAGAAAGAAAAAAAGGAAGCCAAGCAGAAAGAAAGGCCACAUAUCACCCCAGAAGAAAUGUCACAUUUGGAAGAAUUGAAAAAUAGUGUGUUCAGACGAUUUAGUGAUCGUGAUAAAACUAAAUCAGCAGGUCACCAUAGCAAUCUGCAGCGUGGAGAUGGUGUUGCCCAGAGCGACAGUAGUGAAAGCAAUCUUAGCGCUAGUGGAUCUUCUGGACGUCCCAGCCCUACCAAAGAAAACCCUGACAAAAAACCUGCCACAUUAACAAAGUCCCAAAGUUUAAGUUCUCCUAAACCUCCCCCGAUAUUGCCAAAGCCAAAAACCCGAGGAAUUCUGAAGGAUAAAUCUGAAGGAAGACCCGCCAUUAAUCAUUCAGAUCUAGACGAUUCAAGACGUCUGCAGGAAAACACACGACUGAAUGAAGAAAUGUCAGGCAUUAUGGUCGGUCAGGCACUUCCAGCCGGAAUGAAACCAAAACCAACAACAAGGUCAUCACUUCAACAAGGUCCAACAAAUACAAAUAUGAACCAAUCAAAUGGCACCUUGGAAGAAUUUCAAGACGAUUUUCCGCUGGAGCUCGAAGAGAAAACGUUCAAUAAGAAACUAGAGCUGCCCGCCAUAGUCCCACCCAAACCACCUCGAGUCAGAGAUAUUGAAGUGAAGAGAACACCAGAGGGGGAUUUUGGAUUCAGCUUACGGAAGGGCAGUAUCCCAGUUUUAAACGGAGCAGAAGAACGAGUGGUCACAUUUGCAGAACCCUCUAGUGGACCGAGAUCUAAUCAAACUGGUUUAAUUCCUGGUGACAGACUCAUUGAAGUUAAUGGAGUAAAUGUAGAAAAUCUGACACGAGAGGAGAUAGUAAUAUUAAUCAAGAAAGCCCAGGAUGUGCUCAAACUUCGUGUUCAACCAAUUCCAGAAUUGGUGGAGUUAAGUGUUCGUCCCAGUAAAGAUGGUGGAACUAUCGAUGUUCAAAAUGAGGUCGUCAAAGGUGGAACUCUACGUAGAAGUGGUAGUAUCAGAUAUCAAAAAUUGGUAAGGCAGGAUAGGACAGAGUUAAAUCUAGAUGUUAUUGGGAAAUUUUGA